AUGGCUGAAGAAAUUGUGCACAAGUUGAAGCAAAACAUUGCCGCCGUCAUCGGCGAUGCUUUGCAGCCUCUGGAUCGUCAAUUAUUCGAUCAGGCAGAGUUGAUCAUCCCAGAGACCAUCUCGGAUGAAGAGCGCAAGGCACUCAUAAUAUCACUCACGACACUACUACCGACAAUUCAGCAAGAUCCUGCACCGGCUACCCGCCUCCUCGAAAAGCUAUUGGCAACGCACAGCUACAGAGAAAUAUCAGCGCUGCUUGGUAGCGCUUCUUUAGUCGAUGGACUUGCUGUUGGCGAGCACAUGAUUGCUUUCAAUGGACUGAUCCUGGCCAUCUUGGAGAAAGCUACAACGAACUAUGCUGACGCCGCCAGCGUUGCAACACCACUCGAAACCUUGUUGGCUCUCAUCCGAUUGUGGCUGUCCACGAGUGACACCGGAAUCGCAAGUCGCGCAUCAUACAUCCUCGUGGACCUCUUGAGAGUCGAUCUUCCCACCUCACAAGGCGGUGGGUCACUUGAAGGCGCAGGUGGACAAGGUCUCGUAUGGAAACGAAUAUUCGGAGAUCGCAAUGUUUACGCGACGCUGUUUGAGGCUUGCUCACUCGGCAAGUCAUCGACGCUCAAUCUGAGCAAGAGCCAGACCACACUCGCGCAAGCUCGUUUGAUGGAAUGGCUCCCUCGCGUAGCGAAACUGGACUGGAAUCACAUUUCACAGAGUCAUCAUCCUGACGUAGAGUCCACCUUCGCCGACGGCGGCUCUCUUCUUGAAUUUGCCGCACUCCGCAUGGUAGACACCAAAGAUGACAUCCUCAUGUACAGGUGUCUGAUUGACUUCUAUUCCGAAUUACUGCUAUCCACGAGAUCCAAUCACCACGAUGCGAGCUCAGCGGUGGACUCGCCAGGGCUGCUGUUCCUUAUCUCACAUGGUCUGCACAUGAAGACAGCGGCCAUGUAUCUUCAAUUGCCAGGCACAGGUCCUGUGGACCCAGUGGAGACAAUGUUCCUCUACGGCCCUGCCGCAAGAUAUCUCGCGACAUAUGCCUCACAGUAUCCUGCACAUUUCCUGGCGAGUCAGAUGCCUGCGCAGGUCCUACAGCGUCUACGCACUUCCUUGGACCUCUCGCCCGCUCGCUGGGCACAUUCGGAAACUCCAUUGAACGACCUCCAUCUCCUUGCAAGUCUUCCCCGAAGAGCACUCAUCAACGACUCCAUUGGCGCGAAUUGGAGUCAGAAUCCACUCUCCUUCCUCCCACCAAAGCCGACAAAUCCAGACGUUCUCAAUACCCUUGCCACGAUAUUUCAUGGUCCAGAAGACGAAGUUGUCUUCAGCUUGGCUUCUCCAACAUCACAUCUAGUCCCUCAAAGCACUUCGGAAAAGAGAGAGGAAGCGAUCAACGCCCGAGCUCUCUACUACCACUAUCUCGCUCACAACCCGAACUUCCACGCCGACCUCGUUUCUCACGCUGAAGUUCUAGCACUCAAAGACCUCGCCCUCGCAGCGAUACACACCAUUAGCUCCAUAAUAACAGCAACCUGGCCCACUCAACAGGAAAAGCACGAUUCAACUCCAGACCUCCCUACCAUCACCACACCAAGCCGUACUUCUCCCUCAACAGCGCUCGCGACUCCACCGACCGGCCACGAAGCCAUCCUCGCCCCGCCUGCCUUGGAGCAUAUCCUCCCAUAUCUCCUCAAGCCCGCCAAGACAUUCGCAAACCUUGUCGGCGGCGGACGUGGAGAUGUCGAAAGCGCCGCAUGGCAGGUUGCGGCUGCCAAGUUCGGCGCUGUUGAAGCUCUGGCAGGACGGCUACGGAUGGAAGUAACGAAGAGGCCUGGGGUCGGUUUCGAGGAGAUCCUAGCUACGGUGGAGAAGAGGAUACGGGACGGAGUCAUGACCGUGGAAGGAGAGGUUGGUGGUAGAGUGGCGGUGAUGGAGUUAUGA